AUGGGCAGACCCUUGGAUACAGAUCUCCGCCGCCGCGCAGUUGCGGCGGUGGAAGCUGGGCUUUCGACCGGUCAGGCGGCGAAGCGGUUUUCGGUGAGCAAGGCGGCGGUUGGUGCCUGGGUUCGGCUGAAGCGUGCGACGGGCGAUGUGUUGCCCAAGCCGCAGGGGUCUGGCUUCGGGUCGGUGCUCGAUCCGCAUGCGGACUUCAUCCUCGCCCUGAUCGAGGCCGACAAGGACAUCACGCUUGUCGAGAUCGCCGACCAGCUGGCAAGCGAACGCGGCCUGCGCGUCGUGCCCGCCACCAUCUGGUACUGGCUCGACCGGCGUGAGGCCUGGUUCGAGGCUCAGCCUGAUCUCGAUCCUGAGAAACUGGUCUUCAUUGACGAGACCGGCGCCUCGACCAAGAUGGCGCGCCUCUAUGGCCGGGCGGCGAAGGGUGAGCGGUGCCGGGCACCGGUUCCCCAUGGCCACUGGAAGACAACCACGUUCACCGGCGCGCUCCGCCUGUCGGGCAUGACCGCGCCCAUGGUCCUCGACGGACCAAUGAACGGCGCGGCCUUCCUGGCCUAUGUCGAGCAGGUCCUGGUCCCGACACUCUCGCCCGGCGACACCGUCAUCAUGGACAAUCUGCCAGCUCACAAGCCGACCGCGAUACGCCAGGCCAUAGAAGCGGCGGGGGCGCAGCUGCUCUACCUGCCGCCCUACAGCCCCGACUUCAACCCGAUCGAAAAUGCCUUCUCCAAAAUGAAAGCCUUCCUGCGCAGAGCCGCGGCCCGAACAGUUGACGACCUUUGGCAGAGCAUCGCCGACGCUCUCGACACCUUCUCACCAGACGAGUGCCAAAACUACUUCGAAGCAUGCGGAUACGACUGCGAAUGA